ACAAUAACAAAGCGCUCGUUUAUUUGCAUGUCAGAGAUUUUAGCCAUUAAAAAAAGAAACUUAUAAAGUAAUUUCAGGAUGAGGCUGCAGUGUUUAGUCUGGGCUCUGUGGCUCGGAGUCGGUGUUUACGCGGGAGGAAAAUACUCUCGGGAAGUCAACGAUCCUAAACCGAGUGAUGGCGACAAGCAAGAAGUGGAGUUCAGGAUAGCUAAAGUCAACCAGGUGUGGGAGAAAGCUAAACGGAUGCAGCUGCCUCYGGUCCGGCAGGCUGAGCUGCACAGCGACCUAAAGAUCCAGGAGAAAGAUGAGCUGCAGUGGAAGAAAAUGAAGGUGGAAGGCCUGGACGAAAACGGGGAGAAGGAAGCCCAGCUGAGACGCAACUUUAAUGUAAUUCUGGCCAAGUACGGGAUGGAUGGGAAGAGAGACACGAGGGCGCUGGAGAGCAACUCGCUGAAAGACCACGAAACCAGAGAUGGAGACCAAUUUGAUGACCCCAGACUGGACAAGCUCUGGAACAAGGCCCAGAACUCAGGGAAGUUCAGCCCUGAGGAGCUGCAGAGUCUGAAAAGGGAGUUCCAGCACCACAAGGAAAAAAUCCACGAGUACAACAUCCUUAUGGACACUGUCAGCCGAACCGAGGAAAUCCCUAAGAAUGUGAUCUCCCCCCUGGAGGGCGAUGCCAAAGAGCACGUGCUGCAGCAGAAGCACACCGAGCUGAAGGAGAAAAUGAGAAACCUCAACCACGGCUUCGAGCGCCUCCGCAAAAUCAGCCACGAGGGCUUCAAUGAAGACAGUGAGUUUCGGGAGCCUCGAGUGAUUGAACUUUGGGAGGCAGCCAAGAGAUCCAACCUCAGCUCAGAUGAGCUGGACUCUCUUAAGGAGGAGCUGCAUCACUUUGAGACCAAGGUGGAGAAGCACAACCAUUACCAGGAGCAGCUGGAGCUGUCUCACCAGAAGCUGCGACAUGUGGAGUCUUUAGGAGAUGAGGAGCACAUCAAGAGGAACCAGGAGAAGUACAACACACUCUCUGAGAAGACCAGGGAAAUGGGCUACAAGAUGAAGAAACACCUGCAGGACCUGGCCAAUAAGAUCUCUCGCCAAGGUCUGCAGCACAAUGAGCUCUGAGAGGUUCGGCUCCUGAUGGCGACAAGGCUGAGAACACAACAAACUCUGAAGCUACACAACCUGAGCUGAAUACAACCAUUCCUUUUCAACUACUGUCUGUAAGAAAAAAAUCUGUGUUUAUGGAAGAUUUAGUUUUUUUUAUACAGUAAAAACCCUGAACUGUGUUUAUCACAAAUCGUUUAGCCUAAUUAUGUCUGUGUGGAAUCUGAAAUAAGAACACGUGGUUUAGCUUCUGAGCAGCAGUUUAUCACUAAAUGCAAAUAAAUACAAAAUCACACAGGCUGCUCUCAUGUUGUGUGUUAGCUGAAAUACUGCAGCGAUGCUACAACUGUCUGAAUACAUUUGUAUUUUAGGAGAGAAGAAAAGGAAACUUAAAAUCCCCUACAUUAAAUCACAAUUUUGACUUUACGAGGAGAAUAUACAGCUUACGUUAAUGCUUUAAAAAAUAUUGUUUAAAAGUAUGCUUCCUGUUUUGGUUUAACAAAAUAAAAUAAAUCCAUACUUA